GCCUGGAAUGAUCUCCUCUGCACACUGUAAAACGGCCGCCGUUGUGUUUGAGCAGCGACUGCCUUUGAUCUGUCUACUCCGAUAUCCGGACCUGCGUUACUGACCUGCACGUUGUCUCUCUCUCCCUCCCUACCCGCAAUGCCUUCCAAGUUUGAGCGCCUGCCGCUGAGCACCAGCGGGCCGCUGGAGUGCGCGCUCAAGGGCACCGUGCUGCUGAACCACCCCUACUUCAACAAGGGGUCCGCCUUCACCGCGGCCGAGCGCCGCGACUUCGAGCUGACGGGCCUGCUGCCGCCGAGCGUCCAGACGCUCGAGCAGCAGGCGCAGCGGGCCUACGAGCAGUACUCGGCGGGCGCGGACGACCUGGCCAAGAACACGUUCCUGACGUCCAUGAAGGAGCAGAAUGUGGUGCUCUACUUUAAGUUGCUGCUGGACCACCUUGAGGAGAUGUUCAGCGUCGUGUACACGCCGACCGAGGGCGAGGCCAUCCAGAACUAUUCGCGCCUCUUCAGGAGGCCGGAAGGGGUCUUUUUGAACAUCCACGACAUUGACCGCGUGCGCCAUGAUCUGUCGCUGUGGGGAACCGAAGACGACAUUGACUACAUCGUCGUCACGGAUGGCGAAGAGAUCCUCGGCAUCGGUGACCAGGGGUGCGGCGGCAUCUUGAUCUCCAUCGCCAAGCUGGUUCUCAUGACCAUCUGCGCCGGGAUACACCCGAACCGGGUGCUUCCCGUUGUGCUGGACUGCGGCACCGACAACGAGACUCUUCUGAACGACCCGCUGUAUCUGGGACUCAGGGAGAAGCGGGUCCGGGGAGAGACGUACGACGAGUUGGUCGACACAUUCAUCCGAUCAGCGCGCGAGCUGUACCCGAAAGCGUACAUCCAUUUCGAGGACUUUGGCUUCCAAAACGCACGGCGCCUACUCGACAAAUGGCGGCCACAAAUCCCAUGCUUCAAUGACGACGUGCAGGGAACCGGCUGCGUGACCCUUGCGGCCAUCAUUGCCGGUCUCCAUGUGUCGAAGCAAAAGCUCGCCGAUCUCCGCAUGGUUGUGUUCGGCGCAGGGUCAGCAGGCGUAGGGAUUGCGGACCAAGUCCGUGAUGCCAUAGCAACCGAGCGAGGCAUCAGCAAAGAGGAGGCGUCCAAGCAGAUAUGGCUCAUCGACAAGCCUGGGCUCCUAACAACCCAGGUCAAGAACCUCUCGGACGCCCAGAAGACUUAUGCACGGUCGGAAGACUGGGGAGGAAAAAAGACGGACCUGUUGGGAGUGGUCAACGAGGUGAAACCGAACGUGCUGGUCGGCACUUCAACCGUGCCCAAGGCCUUCACCGAGGAGGUCGUCCGCGCUAUGGCAUCGCACGUGGAGCGGCCCAUCAUCCUCCCGCUCUCCAAUCCGACCAAGCUGCACGAAGCGGUCCCUGCCGACCUGUUCGCAUGGACCGACGGGAAGGCCCUCGUCGCCACGGGCAGCCCGUUCAAGCCUGUCAAGGGUCCGUGGGGGUCCGGGGGCGAGGAAGUCGAGAUUGAGGUGGCGGAAUGCAACAACAGCGUCGUGUUCCCCGGCAUCGGCCUCGGCGGCGUGCUGUGCAGGACCAAGCUGGUCACCGAGAAGAUGCUCAUCGCGGCGGUGAACGGAGUGGUGGAGCUCAGCCCGGCGCUCCGGGACGACACGGCGCCAUUGCUGCCGGGGGUCGACGUGGUCCGCGAGGUGAGCGUGCGCGUGGCGCGGAAGGUGAUCCAGGCGGCGGUUGAAGAAGGCGUGGCGACGGAACAGGACAUCCCGGAGGACGAGGGGGAACUGGACGAGUGGAUCAAGGAGCAGAUGUGGGAUCCCGUGUACCGCCCGCUCAAACUCGUCGAGGCGCAGACUGCGAGUCGCCAGGCCAAAGGCGAGCUGCGGGUUGUCGGCAGCUUGCCCCAGAGGGCGUAGCAGGU